GGUUCAGCCCAGGAACCGCUCGAGCUGUUUUGGCUCUUGCUUUUCGGGACCUCCCACUUCUUUAACGAUCCUGCGACUGUUUCGGUCGCUAGGGAAGGUAUUGCCAAUAAAGUUUUCCUGUUUCAAAGCCGGGCGGAUUGGGCUGGGUCCAUCCGCCUUCCCUUUGCUCGCUGCCCGCAGUUCCUCUCAGGGGCACGUUAAGAGGUUCAGGGCGUCAUGGCCAAGGGCCACCUCGGCCGGGCAGGUAUAAGGCCGCCUUUCGCUGCCCGUACGCUCGCAUGGCUUCUGGGGCCGCCGGCGUCCACCUCAGUCUGAGCGCAGCCCCUUCGCGCCCACGGGCCGCCACGCGCCGGACCCCAUGGCCUCCGAGGCGCCGUCUCCUUCAUUGUCACCAUCGCCACCCACCUCCCCCGAGCCUGAGCUGGCCCAUUUGAGGCGAAAGGUGGAGAAGUUGGAACGCGAGCUGCGGAGCUGCAAGCGGCAGGUGCGGGAGAUCGAGAAGCUGCUGCAUCACACAGAGCGUCUUUACCAGAGCGCCGAGAGCAACAACCAGGAGCUCCGCACCCAGGUAGAAGAGCUCAGUAAAAUACUCUAUUGUGGGAGAAACGAAGAUAGUAAGAAGUCUGAUGUAGAAGUACAAACAGAGAACCACCCUUCUUGGUCAAUCUCAGAUUAUUAUUAUCAGACAUAUUACAAGGAUAUUAGUCUUCCAAAUAAAGAGACAGAACUCUCAGUUCAGCAAGAUCAGGAUAUUGAAGCCUCUACUUACAAUUCUAAAGACCAGUCACAAAUAGAAAAUGAUGUUUACGUUGGUACUGAUGUAACGGAAAAGUUUGAAGGUGCACCAGAGGACCGUUUUGCCUCAAAUUCACAGGAGCCGGCAUCUGUUUUAGCAACAGAAGAUACAUCCUUAGAAGGUUCAUCAUUAGCUGAAAGUUUGAGAGCUGCAGCAGAAGCUGCUGUGUCACAGACUGGAUUUAGUUAUGAUGAGAAUACUGGACUGUAUUUUGACCAUAGCACUGGUUUCUAUUAUGAUUCUGAAAAUCAACUAUAUUACGAUCCUUCCACUGGAAUUUAUUACUACUGUGAUGUGGAAAGUGGUCGAUAUCAAUUUCAUUCUCGAGUAGAUUUGCAACCUUAUCAGACUUCUGGUACAAAACAAAGUAAAGAUAAAAAACUGAAGAAGAAAAGGAAGGAUCCAGAUUCUUCUACAACAAAUGAGGAAAAGGAUUUGAAUUCAGAAGAUCAAAAAGCAUCCACAAUUGAUCAUAAAAACUACAGUGAGGGAGAAGAUUGUGCAAAUGUGAAAAAGAAGUCCAAAAUAGAUGUUCGUUACAAAAAUAGUUCCCCCAAAUUCACUGUUCCGAUGACUGGAAAGACUAUAGAAUCUCCUUCUAAUGAAAACGUCUAUAAUUCGACUUCAUUUAAAGAUGAGAAAAUCAGAGAGACUGAUAGUGAGCCAGAAGAAGGUGAAAUUACAGACUCUCAGACUGAGGAUGGCUAUGACGAAGACAUUACCAGUGAAGAUAAUGUAACAGCAGAAGAUACUGAGGAUGAAGAUGAAGAAAAAAUUUGGCCCCCUUGUAUCAGAGUAAUUGUUAUUAGAUCACCAGUGUUGCAGACAGGAUCGCUUUUUAUUAUUACAGCUGUAAACCCUGCUACAAUUGGAAGAGAAAAAGAUAUGGAGCAUACUCUCCGAAUUCCUGAAGUUGGUGUCAGUAAGUUUCAUGCAGAAAUUUAUUUUGACCAUGACUUACAAAGUUAUGUCCUUGUGGAUCAAGGCAGUCAAAAUGGUACAGUUGUUAAUGGGAAACAGAUUCUUCAGCCAAAAACUAAAUGUGACCCUUACGUACUUGAGCAUGGAGAUGAAGUGAAAAUUGGAGAGACUGUAUUGUCCUUUCACAUUCACCCAGGCAGUGACACCUGUGAUGGCUGCGAGCCAGGGCAGGUUAGAGCUCACCUUCGUCUUGAUAAGAAAGAUGAAUCUUUUGUUGGUCCAACACUAAGCAAAGAGGAAAAAGAGUUGGAAAGGAGAAAAGAAUUAAAGAAAAUACGAGUAAAAUAUGGUUUGCGGAAUACAGACUAUGAAGAUGAAAAGGCAUUGAAGAAUCCAAAAUAUAAAGAUAGAGCAGGAAAGCGUAGGAAGCAGAUUGGAAGUGAAGGAACUUUCCAAAGGGAUGAUGCUCCUGCAUCUGUUCAUUCUGAAAUUACUGAUAGCAACAAGGGUCGGAAGAUGUUGGAGAAGAUGGGUUGGAAAAAAGGAGAGGGCCUAGGGAAGGACGGUGGAGGAAUGAAAACUCCGAUCCAGCUUCAGCUUCGGCGGACACAUGCAGGCUUGGGGACAGGCAAACCAUCCUCAAUUGAAGAUGUUCACCUUCUCCAAAACAAGAGCAAAAAGAACUGGGAGAAAGCACGAGAGAGGUUUGCCGAAAACUUCCCAGAAACUAAACCUCAACAAGAUGCACCAGGGACAGUGCCUUGGGUCAAAGGGACUGUAGAGUGAAGGUCAGUCAUAGAACACAGUUCAAGGUUUUUUUAACAAAGAGUCUGGAAACUCUUAUUUCAUUGCAGAACUUUUCCCUCCAAAAGAACCGGUGGCAUGAGGGUACUGUAUCACAGCUUACCCCCUCAUGAUUCAGAAAUGUAUAAUAAAGUGUGGUUUGUAGUUUUCAAAAAAAAAACAAAACAAAUAAUCACUUAAUCAAGUUAUUUGAUGAGUGGAUUAAAGUUCACAGGGCAUGGAUAAGCUUAUCAAACUUUGUUAUUUUUAUCCGGUCAUUUAUAAGACAUAUAUAAGUAACUAGCCAUAUAGGCAAAAUUCAUGUACCCUCUAAUGAUUUAAAUGUAUUUUUGUCCUUGUCUCCAUAUGUUCAUUAUUGUAAGAUGUGCAACAAAAAAUCAAAAGUUUAUAAAAACAAUUCUGAUUAUAUACAUUCUUGUUUAUGCCCUUUAGAACUUAGAUAAAAAAUGUUAAGAAAACAUGAGCAGUGGUGCAUACAUUUUAUUAUCCUUGAAAUAACGUAAGUAAUGUUACUGAAGAACUAAUGAACAGGUGACACAUAGGAAAUUAGUCUUUCAUGUUUUCUUCUGUGAAGAAUCUGUUGAUUUGUACUAUAUAGUAAGCAUUUACAUGGGUUUGUUUCAUAGCUGAAAUAUUUAGAUAAGAACAAUUGAGUACAGUAUUGAAAUAUUCAGUGUGCUGGCAUUUGUAGUUUUGAUAAAUCCCAUUGCUGGCGAUAAGAAUUUUGCCACAGAAAUCUGAUUUCUAAACUACAAACAGAUUACCUAGCCAAAGCCUCAAACUCAAGUGUUUAUUGAAAAUGUUCUCAAAUGCAAUAAAAACAUUAUAACAUCUAAAAGAGCGAUUCAUUGAACCAACAAUUUAAACUUACUACCAGCCAAAAUUUUCCUUCUUAAAUUGUCAGAGCAGCAACAAAAGAGUAUCUUCAAAUUUCGGAGAACCGCAGUGCAGCUUUCUGAGUGCAGGUUCUCAGAGCAGGUGUCUCUGCUCUGCCAGUUACCACUCUUCGUUCUGUUCAGAGUUUCUCUCAGCUCCUUGCUGGGAAACGAAUGCUGGGACUGACUGUUUCCUGGCAACAUAAGCUAUGGCUCCCUCAUCUACUGUGAAGAAAUGUUUUCAAGAUUUGGAAUAGGAAGGGGAAGUUCUGAGGAAAAAAAGUACAGUAGGGUUGGGAUUUCUAGUAUAAAUGGUAUAGGGUGCUUAGAAAGAAAAGGGAGUGGGGAAAGAAAAAGAAAUAUAUUACUAAAGAUGAGACAUGUUACUAAAUUGUCUAAUUCCUUUAUGCCUAAGCUGGGAUAAUCAGAGGCCCUAGAACUCCAGAUCUGGAUAAGGUAAUUUUCUGUAUCUUUCCUGGCCACCUACAUGCCCUAAUACAUAUGUAUAUGUACAUUAGACUUGGAGGCAACAGGAGUUGCCUGCAUUAUUUUCUCUAAAAUAGAAAAAAAUUUACUCACUUAAAUGUGGUUUUGGUACUGGUGCCCUGUAUAUAGGUAACAAUAUAGAACUACCAAAGAAGGCUUUUCUUCUGGUAGAUCCUACUCAUUGUGUUAAUAUAUUGUGUGCAUAUUUCCCAUUUUUAUUAUUGGAUUACAGAAAACAUUUUUCAUUGUUUUCUUUUGUUAAGAAAAUGGAAACUUGAAAAUGAUGAUAAAAAUUGAAAUAUAUGUGAUAUUUGCAUUAUUAAAACCCUUUGCAGAUCAAAGUCUCAGGGCUACACUGUAUAGUGGUUAAAGCACUCGUAAUGUCUGGGUCUAUUUCCAACUGUGAAAUAAUAUUUAUCUCACAUGUCUGUCUUGAAUAGAAAAUGAGAAAAUGUAUAUAAAAGCACUUUGUAAACUGUAAAAGUAGUACAAAUGUGAGCUUCUGUCUGUUUAGAAGCAUAGAUGUGAAUUGUGUAUAAUUUGGAUUACGCAUAAAAUCAUUUUGUGUCUAAUAUUUUAAACUACAGUUUAUUCACAUAAUAUAAAUUUAUUAAUUUAAUAGCCUUUAAGUGUUUAAGUGGAGCUACAAGUUGUGGAA